AUGCACAAUGCAUUCUUAAAGGCCGUUGCGGCGGUCCUACUUGCUAGCCAAGCAGUCGAUGCUGCUUAUAGUAUAGGAUCCGACGAUGAGAUCAAGGCCUCGGCAAGAACCAUUGCCUACGACCUCAUGAGCUACUACAACGGCAACCAGUCGGGCCAGGUGCCGGGGAUCCUGCCCGGCCCGCCGCCCAAGGGCGAAUACUACUGGUGGGAAGGCGGCGCACUGAUGGGCGCCAUGAUAGACUACUGGCACCUGACGGGCGACGCGACCUACAACGACGUCGUGUCCCAGGGCAUGCUCCACCAGGUCGGGGAUAAUCGCGACUACCAGCCCAUCAACUACACGGCGUCACUAGGCAACGAUGACCAGGCCUUUUGGGGCAUGAGUGCCAUGCUCGCCGCCGAGGUCAACUUUCCUAACCCGCCCUCGGAUCAGCCGCAGUGGCUGUCGCUCGCCCAGGCCGUCUUCAACACCCAGGCGGCCCCUGCGAGGCACGACAGUACUUGCGGCGGAGGGAUGAGAUGGCAGAUACCGGCUGCGAAUAACGGAUAUAAUUACAAGAAUAGUAUUGCGAAUGGUUGUUUCUUCAACAUUGGCGCAAGGUUGGCUCGGUAUACAGGCAACUCUAGCUAUGCUGACUGGGCAGAGAAACAAUGGGACUGGAUGAGGGGCGUUGGCUUUAUGGACGCAGACUACAACAUCUAUGAUGGAGCCCACGUAGAAACGAACUGCACCGACAUCAACCGAGCACUGUUUUCUUACACCUACGGGGUCAUGGUGCUGGGUGCAGCCAACAUGUACAAUUUUACCAAUGGCAGCGCAAAGUGGGAAGCGCGGGUCAAGGGCCUCCUCACGGCAACAUUCGAAACCUUCUUCCUCGACGACAUCAUAAAUGAGGUCGCCUGCGAGCCGUACGACUCGUGCACAACCGACAUGCUCAGCUUCAAGGGCUACGUGCACCGGUGGCUGACGACGGCGACGACGGUGGCGCCAUUUGCGCAGGCCCAGGUCCUGCCGAUCCUGCGAAAGUCGGCCGAGGCGGCCGUGGCGACGUGCACGGGCGGCAAGGACGGGAGGCAGUGCGGCUUCAAGUGGUCAAACAAAACAUUCGACGGCAAGACGGGCGCGGGCCAGCAGAUGAACGUGCUCGGGGCCGUCACGUCGCUGCUGCAAAAGGCGAAGGAGAGCGCGCCCCUGACCAACAGCACGGGCGGCACCAGCGUCGGGGACCCGGACGCCGGCACGGGAUCGCAGGUCGACAUCGGCGCCGGGUUUCGCGCCAUCACGGCCGGCGACAGGGCCGGCGCGUCGUUCCUCACCAUCGCCAGCGUGCUGCUCAUCGGGUUCCUGUUCUUUUGGGUGGUCUCGGACAUGGGCGAAGAGGACGCCAACCCUGACGGGGCAGAGGAGGUGAGAGAAAGGAAGGAAAAGGCCAGGGAUGCGGGGCUUCUACGGCGACUGAGGGGUGGAUAUCGGGGGGUUUACACAGGCGACGAUGGAGGGGAUGUUGAUAGUCGGAACGAAAAAAAGCGGGCUCGGCUCCCGCUCGCCAGGGGGCACUUGAAGCAGAGAAGAGCGGAAAAGGACAGGCGGAAAGUAAAGAUACCUCUAUUGUAUAAUUUUUGGCAGCCGGAUAGCAAGGAGUAG